GUUGAGGGUCCGGACUUCCGGGGUGGUGCGGACCAGGCUUCUGGAACGUGGGACUCCCAGGUGCAAGGGAGGGCGAGGCUGAGGGCCCGGACUCCUGGGUCCUGGGGAAAGGGGUGUUAGGCGCUCGGAGUUCCGCAGAAUGGGGCCUGGACUCUUAGGUCUGAAGAGGGGAUGGGGUCUGGACUUCCGAUCCCCGACGAGCUAGAGGGCUAUUGAUUCGUCCUUCUUUGGGGAGAGGGCCCGGGGACUCGGACGCCUGUUUUCCCGGGAAGUGUGUCGAGGACAGAGAGGUGUUGGGAACCUGAAUGUGCAAGUCUCCUGGGAGUGAUUCCCAGCGACCCCCAAGACCUCGGGACUGGGAGAUCUGGGGGCUGGGAUUUUUCACGGAAGGUGUGGGGUGGUGCUGCAGAGGAGCGCCCUCCUCAGUUUCCGCGACGCUGGUGGAAAGUUGGGUCAGAGGGGAAAGUGCGGAGCAAAGGGAAGGAAACCGCGGAGGCGGAAGCUGCACCUGAAAGCUAAGAUUGGCUUUGGAGUUCUCAGGCGUCAGUCAGUGUGCCAGUUUUUCCGCGCAGGAGGGUGAGGGAGGGUGCCCGAGUCCACUCCCCCGCGUAGUUGGGUGACUUAAGGAACUCUGAUUUCUUCCCUCCCCUCUCCUUCUGCUCCCGCCUCCCCCGCAGUGAGCCGGAGUGAACGCAGCCACUGCCCAUCACAGACCGUGAAGAAGCUCCUAGAAGAACAGAGGCGCCGUCAGCAGCAGCCUGACGCUGGUGGGGCACCGGGACAGUUUCCAUCUCCCCUGGCCCAGUCCCUGAACUCAUCUGUGCAUGAGAGUGAGGCUGGACCCUCUGGAUACCCGGCUGUAUGGAGAACCUUCCCUGCCACAGGCAGGAUCCUGGAGAGGUUCUGGACUCCCCUUAGGACCCCCACAGUUGCCCCCCAUGGCCACCGGACCAUCCCUGGACACAGCCCGUGCUCACAUGCUGGCUCUGGGGCCACAGCAGCUGCUGGCCCAGGAUGAGGAGGGAGACACGCUCCUGCACCUGUUUGCGGCUCGGGGGCUACGCUGGGCAGCGUAUGCUGCAGCUGAGAUGCUCCAAGUGUAUAGACAUCUGGACAUUCGUGAGCAUAAGGGCAAGACCCCUCUCCUGGUGGCUGCUGCCGCCAACCAGCCCCUGAUUGUGGAGGACCUGCUGAACCUUGGAGCAGAGCCCAAUGCCACUGAUCAUCAGGGACGUUCUGUCUUGCAUGUGGCUGCUACCUAUGGGCUCCCAGGAGUCCUCUCGGCCGUGAUUAACUCGGGGGUUCAGGUUGACCUAGAAGCCAGAGACUUCGAGGGCCUCACCCCUCUCCACACAGCCAUCCUGGCCCUCAACAUGGCUAUGCACCCACCUGACCUAUGUUCCCGGGUGCUGAGCACCCAGGCCCGAGACAGGCUGGCUUGUGUCCAGAUGUUGCUGCACAUGGGUGCUGAUCACACCAGCCAGGAGAUCAAGAGCAAUAAGACAGUUCUGCAUCUGGCUGUGCAGGCCGCCAAUCCUACCCUGGUUCAGCUGCUGCUUGAGUUGCCUCGGGGAGACUUGCGGGCCUUUGUCAACAUGAAGGCCCAUGGGAACACAGCCCUCCACAUGGCGGCUGCCCUGCCCCCUGGACCACCCCAGGAGGCCAUCGUGCGGCGCCUGCUGGCAGCUGGGGCGGAUCCAACAUUGCGAAACCUGGAGAACGAGCAGCCUGUCCACCUGCUGCGGCCUGGGCCCGGCCCCGAGGGGCUCCGACAGCUGUUGAAGAGGAGCCGUGUGGCACCCCCAGGCCUGUCCUCUUAGGACUCAAACCCAGAACCUGGACUGAUUUUCCAGUCCCCACCGUCCUGUGGGACAGCCAGCGUAUGCUAAUGUUGCAAAUCCAUGAUAAUGUAUGUGGAAUGUCCUGCCAUCAGGGUCUUACAUUAAAACCCCAAAAUGGCUGCCCGGGGGGGUAAACGAUCCCCAAUAUUUGGGGUGGUGUAAUACCCCUCCCCUACCCACAAGGAGCCCUCUUGAUGAUUUCUGUGAAAUCGAGGCCCCUUGAUUGUUUCUGUGAAACACCCUAGACCCCUAACCCUUCCUCCAUUGGGAUCUUCUGGGACCCCCUCCCCUACUCAAGUUCAGUUCAACUCACCUAGAAUCCCAGAUGUGAUUUCCCUACACAGUACUUGGGGUACCCCCAGAAUAGCUCCCACUGUCAUCUGGUAGAGUUCCUGAGAUGACUCCCCAAACCCACACCAUUCAGGUCCUUACCCCUGAGACAUAGGAAGGACUCUUCCUAGAUUGGAGUUCCCUAGGUCCUGUGCUUUCUAAUUCAGAACUCAACUGGCAAGGCCCCUAUCCCAGAUCUCCGCAUUUCCGGUGAAUCCCUCCCCUAUUUGAAAUGCCUUAUUAAACUCAGUUUGGAC